AUGGGUAGAAACACUUGGAAAAUUGUGACUGCUAGUGCAUUAUUAUCAGCUCUUGCCACCAAAGGUAUUGAAGCAGCAUGGAAAAAGUACGAUUUAGAACAAAAGUUUAAGAAACAAGAAGAGCAAAUCGUACCUAAACCUGAAUAUGAUGACACUUUGUUCCGUGAACAAUUAGCCAGAAACUAUGCCUUCUUAGGUGAAGAAGGUAUGGAAAAAUUAAAACAGCAAUACAUUGUUGUCGUAGGUGCAGGUGGUGUCGGUUCAUGGGUAGUCACUAUGUUAGUCCGUUCUGGCUGUACAAAGAUUAGGGUCAUUGAUUUCGACCAAGUCUCCCUAAGUUCUUUGAACAGACAUAGUUGUGCCAACUUGAAAGAUGUUGGUACACCAAAAGUAGAAUGUUUAAAGAAACAUAUGAAGGAAAUUGCACCAUGGUGUGAUAUCGAUGCUAUAAAUGAACUUUGGAGCAAAGAAAGGGGAGAAUCACUAAUCCUAGAUGGCGGUGUUCCAGAUAUCGUUGUUGAUUGUAUUGAUAACCUCGAUACUAAAGUUGAUUUACUGGAAUUUGUCUAUAAUAAGAAAAUUGACGUCAUUUCCUCUAUGGGCGCAUCCACGAAGAGUGAUCCAACUCGUAUUAACAUAGGCGAUAUUACCACCACCGAGGAAGAUCCAUUGGCUCGUUCAGUUAGAAGAAGGUUGAAACAGAGGGGCAUUACUUCAGGUAUUCCUGUAGUGUUCAGUGCAGAAAAACCAGAUCCACGUAAGGCCAAAUUGUUACCCUUACCGGAUGAUGAAUUUGAAAAGGGACAAGUUGGUGAAUUAAGUGCGUUGAAAGAUUUCCGUGUUAGAAUCCUACCAGUUUUAGGUACCAUGCCAGGUAUCUUUGGUUUAACAAUUGCAACAUGGAUCUUAACAAAGGUGUCAGGCUAUCCAAUGAACCCAAUUGAAGGCAAAAAUAGAAUCAAAUUUUACGAUGGUAUCUAUCAGUCAUUGGCAGGCCAAAUGACCCGUAUUGGUAUGCCUGAUCAACGUGUGCCUAUUGCAUUGAAGGAUGUAAAUUACAUUGUUGAAGAAAUAUUCAGAGGUAAAUCCCCAGUCAGUGGUUACUCUACUAGAUUAACAUUAUCGAAAUGGAAGCCAAACGAACCAGUUAGUCUACAAAAUGUUGUUGUCUUAACAAAGGAAGAACAGAAAGAGCAUGAAACACGCAUCUUGAAUGGUGAGGAAAAAUUAGAAGAUGUCUAUUCCAAAGAAGUACUUGAUCUAAUUAACAAGAGAUUUGGAGAGGAAAAAUUCUACUCUCAAUUCAGAUAA